GAUCAAGAACAAACUCUACUGAGCAAAGCGGACCAGUAUCAACAAGCCACUGGCAGCAGCCUCACUGGGGCUUCUGAUACCGGGACAAAUACUACGGCUGGUAUGAAACCAUAGAAACCAGGAGUAGAACACCAUCAGGGCUGAAGAAAGAGAAAUGCUGAUAUGUUAUUGAGACUCUGUGGAGCAGCGGGGGUCUGGCAGAGCUGCAGGAUCUUCUGCAGAUGAUUCUGGAGAAGGAGACCCAGAGUAGCAACCUUGCUGCCCCGCACAGGGAGACACCCUCACCUCCAGAGUCGAGCUUGGGGCUCCUGAGGGACUUCAAGAACAAGAACAUCAGUGCCCCCUAGCAGAAAGGGAGGGACAGUGUCUUCUGGCAGAGACACAGGGACAGUGUCUCCCAGCAGAGAAACAGGGACAUAGGGAACCCUUUCAACAGCUCCAGCCAGCACAUCGCAGGUCACACAUCACUCUUCACGUUCCAAAACUCUUUAAAAACAUGAUUACAAGUCAAGUCCACAGUAGAGCCUAUUAGCAGCAGCUACACUUAUAGUGUCACUGAGAGUGUCGAUCUCACACUCAGAGUGUCAAUGACCAAGCAUUCAAAACAAAUUUUGACUAUUGGUGAUUGUAACAGUUCCAUAGCCAUUGUCCUGAUCUCUACUGUGUCUUCAUGCUGAUUUUUAGGUAAAUCACUGCUUUCUGCAACUCAAGAAAAACCUUCAGAGAAGAAUGAGAAGGAGAGAAAAAGAAGUGGCUCCCUGCCAUUCUCCACUACUGCUGCAGAGAGACUGGCUUCAAGAGAGCAUGAGAGGGACCGUGGAGCUCUGUCUGUAUUACUGAGAGGGGAGAGAGGCUGAAAGGAAAUAGCAAGCUGUGAGAGCAGAUAAACACUGUGGAGCCAAACCAUGUAAAGCCUUAAAAAUGCAGCGCUCCAGCUUGUUCCCACGCCAGCCCUUCAGUCAGACCGGCGCCACGAUCAUGUCCUUUGGGUGGGCACGGAAACCCCCUGAGCAUCGGGAGGGAGGAACGAUCUGAAAAUGCUGAUACUACAUCGUGAUAUACAUGUGUAGCGCAGUGCCCGGGUCGCAGUCUCUCACAGCCGGUCAACUGGGCUCGUGGGAGGGUGUUCCCGGCUCCCCGCUCCCGCGAUGGAAGUACGCUGAAUUCUUCCAACUCCAGCGCCCAGAACACAAGGCUGAGUCCAUCUGCAGCAUCCGGCUGGCCUCUGGGUGUAGCCACAAAUGGAUGCUGCGUCUGGACCAGUUCGAAAACAACGGCGUGGUGCCGACAGGCCUGGUCUGUGCAGCUCUUCGCAGUAACCCCACCUUCCCAGACUUCUGCGCCUUCGCAGUCUAUCGAUGCACCAACAAGAAGUAUUUCACCAGGAGGGUUGACUGUGACAGCGUGAUGGUGGAGCAGUACCUCUUAACCCCCCGUCUGACUCUCCCCUCCCCCAGGGCCUGGCCCAGGACGACCCCUCCCAUCUUGAGCAGGGGGGCGCUGGAAGCUACGGGACUGGAUCAGGCUGCCAGGUUCAUUGAGGAUACCUACACCCUGUCUGCAGUGACCAGCUCAGAGAGCAACCCCACCACCAGGGGGCAGCCUCCCCUGGGGAGAGAGGGAGAGGAGGCAGCGCUGAGGAGGGAGGCUCCUCUGGGGAUGAAGGGGGGGCUGCAGGAGAGCGUGCUGAUCGGAGUGACAGAGGGACAAAGAGAGGGGGGCGUUGGGAACAAGCCAGGGGGGAGUGUGGAGCCGGUAACACAGAGUGGUGGGGUUGAGGGGGGGGAGGGGCGGGGUUACCCCAAGGUCGUUUCCGUGGGAAGCAUGAGCGCAGCCCGUGACCCCGUGAAGGGAGACCUGAAGGACCUCCUCACAAGGAUGAGCGACUCCAGGGUCAUAGCACUGACACAGAAGCUGAGCGCAGCCAGGAGGGAUGGAGACGAGACGGAGAUCAGACUGCUGACAGAGCAGCUGGAGAGGGCACUGGAGGGAGCAGGGACAUGAACCAGAGAGGAGAGAAAAGCAGGGAGCAGGGAGAUGAACCAGUGGGAGGGGCGAGAGGAAAGAACUGGAAGGAGUGUGUCUGCAUGCAUCAGUGUGCGGGUGUUUUUACAAUUGAAAUUCUUGCCCUGUUGUGCUACACUGAACAAAAAGGAAUGUUAAAUAAAAAAAUUAAAAAACAGAUAGAUUUUCCCAGCUCUGUGGGUCAUCUAAUUUUUUGGUGUCAAAAAUAUAACUUGUGAUGUCUAACUGCACGAGUGUGUCAUAAUAAUGGUAACACAAGACACAGAAUAAACAGAAGUCAUAGUGCAAGUAAAGUUUAUUUUGAAUGAUAAGGAAUUACAUUGAAACAGCUGUCACAAUGUCUUCAGGAUUACAAGAGACACAAGAUUAAAAUGUGUGAGAGAAAUCAGAAGGCAGUCGUUUAUGCAACAGUCUUAUAUUGUAUGUUCAGGAGCAUUCUGCUGUCAGCCUUUAGUUGUACUGCAGUGCUCCAGUGUCAACCUUUCUAGUUCAAUACACACACUAACAAACCUGAAGAGACUGAAGACAACGAGAAACCUACUGCAAUACACACACUAACAAACCUGAAGAGACUGAAGACACUGAGAAACACUUCUAAUGGAAACUUCUGCCACAGAACUUGCA